AUGGAGUCACUGGCAGAAAACGAGACCUUCAGCUCGGAGUUCAUUCUCUUGGGCUUCAGGAACCUGCCUGAACUACAGCUCCUCUUUUUUGGAACCUUCUUCAUCGUGCAUCUCAUCACCCUGGCAGGGCACACGACCACCGUGCUCAUCACCCUCAUUGACUCCUGCCUCCAGACUCCCAUGUAUUUUUUCCUUCGCAACUUGUCCACCAUUGAAAUUUGUUACAUAUUGGUUAUUGUCCCCAACAUGUUGGCUAACUUCCUGUCUCAGAACCAACGAAUGCCCUUCCUGGGGUGUGCCCUGCAAAUGCUCCUCUUCAUUGCCCUGGGUGGGGCAGAGUGCUUCCUGCUGGCAGUCAUGGCCUACGACCGCUUUGUGGCCAUCUGCAACCCUCUGCGAUACCCACUCAUUGUUACUAGAACACUGUGUCUGCAGAUGCUGGUGCUGGCUUGUGGCAGUGGGUUUGCGCUAUCGCUCGCCCUCACCACGCUGAUCUUCCUGCUGCCCUUCUGCCAGUCCCAUGAAAUCAACCAUUUCUUCUGUGACAUCCCUGCUGUGCUAUUCCUGGCCUGUUCUGACACUCGCGCCAACGAGAUUGCUGUCUUCCUUGUCUGUAUGCUCAUCCUGUUGAUUCCCUUCCUGCUGAUCCUGCUUUCCUAUGGAUUUAUAAUUGCCGCCAUCCUCAGAAUCCACUCGGCAGAGGGCAGAAGCAAAGCCUUCUCCACGUGUGCCGGACACUUACUGGUCUCUGUUCUGCACUAUGGCUGUGCAAUAUUCAUCUACAUUCGCCCCAAGUCCUGUUACACUCCAGAACAAGACAAAAUUGUGUCCCUAAUCUACACCAAUGUAACCCCCAUGCUUUACCCAAUGAUCUAUUGUCUCAGGAACCAGGAAGUCAAGGGUGCUCUCAGGCGACUCCUGCAGAACCACAAUCAGAUGCAAUGCCAGCUCAACACUGGUUGA